CCCGGAGCCACGCGCAUCAUGGACACGGAAGGAACGGAAAGCUCCGCGCACGAUCCGCGGUACCGGCCCGCUCUCCCCGGACUCCCUUCGCCUCCCCCUGCCUUCCCCCGGACCCUCUCCCCUAAAGCCCGGGACUUUAUGGACUUCAGGCGCGCGCAGACAAAGCGAGCACGCGGCUCCGUUUGUUUACCGCGCGCCUCGUCUCCAGGCCACGCGCGAACUUCUCCAUCCCGCGGAGAGCCGCCUCCGCUGGGGUCUGGAGUCCGCGGUGCGACCGGAGCAGCGGAGGGAGCCCGGGCUUAGGAUGCUCUCCCCCGUGUGUCCCUCGUGUGUGUCCCCCGUGUCUCCUUCCCUCUUUUUCUCCCUCCCUCCUUCUCUCUCCCUCUCUUCAACCCUCUCUCACUCACGGCUUGUGUUUUUCUCGUUCAGAAAAAUGUUCGUGGGGGGGCUGAGCUGGCAGACGACCCAAGAGGGGCUGAGGGAGUACUUCGGGAGGUUCGGGGAUGUGAAAGACUGUAUGGUGAUGCGGGACCCCGUCACCAAGCGCUCCAGGGGUUUCGGGUUCGUGACGUACGAGGAGCAGGCUGGAGUGGACAAAGUCUUGGCCCAGAGCAAACAUGAGCUGGAUUCUAAGACGAUCGACCCGAAGGUGGCAUUCCCUCGAAGAGCCCAACCCAAGUUGGUGACCAGGACUAAGAAGAUCUUUGUUGGAGGUCUUUCUGUGAGCACCUCCAUUGAGGACGUCAGACAGUACUUCGACCAGUUUGGGAAGGUCGAUGACGCCAUGUUAAUGUUCGACAAGACCACCAACAGACACAGAGGUUUCGGUUUUGUGACAUUUGAAAAUGAGGAGGUGGUGGAGAAAGUGUGUGAGAUUCACUUUCAUGAGAUCAACAGUAAAAUGGUGGAGUGUAAGAAAGCCCAGCCCAAAGAGGUUAUGACCCCGAGCUCCUCCAGGGGGCGCUCCAGAGUGGUGCCAUAUGGAGUGGAUGCUGCGUUUAUGCUUGGGAUCGGGAUGCUUGGUUACCCGAGUUUCCAGACGACGACCUACACCAGCAGAACCUUCACCCCGGGGUUCCCCUACCAGCUGCCAGAGUUCCAGUUGGAGCGAACGCCUCUCCUGUCCUCGGCCCACCCCCCAGAGCUCACAGCAAUCCCUCUGACAGCAACUGCAUUCGGCCCGAUGACCUCAGCCGUGGUCAGAGUCUGUCCCGUCUCAGGCUCCGCCCCCUCGCGCCCUGCCUUCUUGAGUACCAGCAGCCCUGGACCAAUGGCUGAGCUUUACGCCACAGCGGCCAAUCAGGACGCAACAGUGAGCGGUUACAUCAGCGCCGCCAGCCCCGCACCCUCCACGGGCUUCGGACACAAUCUGGGGGCUCCUCUCAUCGCCGCCUUCACAAACGGCUACCACUGACCUGAGGAUGCCAACCAGUCACAGCACUUCCAGGCUCUGUGCUGAUUGGCCGCUCUGUCCUGAGGCUCUGUGUUGAUUGGCUGCUGUGUGACCCAGAGCGCCCCCUCCUGGCACUGAGGGGAGAGACUGAUGGACAGUCUGAGCAAAGGCGAGUGACUUUUCUGUAGCGUUGCGACAUUUAAUAGACAAAAGGUUUUCAUACAAACGUGUUUCCUAAAGCUGCGGCUCAAAUGUAUA